AUGCUGAUAUAUCAGCACUUUCUAGGUCUGGUUAGACCAACAGCAAUAAGAUCGUAUCGAAUGCUUUACAAUAGACUUUCGUGUAACAAAUCCGUGAAUAGUAUUUAUCUCCAUGUCAAACAGAACUUCCGCUCUUACGCCUCUUUCAGUUUGUGUGCUGCAGGUGCUGCGGUUACCCUCUCUGUUUCUUCCCGGUGCGACGAUACUUUUAUCAAGGAGGAGUCCUUGCAUUCAGUAUCUGCCUUGGAUGCACUGAUGAGGAAACCUGAUGGAAGCGCCCUAGCAAAUACGAUCACUUUAAAGACUUUAUGCUCCCUUGUUUUUUUCGAUCUGACGUAUUUAGUCCUCGCAGUUCUGGGUGCAUUUGGCGCGGCAUAUUACAAUAUUCGUAUUCCUAUACUGUUGGGUGAUCUUAUAAACGUCCUUGCCCAAUCAGCUCAUUCCCAUGCCCUCUCGGCGUCUGCCCUUAGGUCACCUGCUCUUCGACUGUGUGGAAUCUUUUCACUCCAGUCGCUAUGCACAUUUGCGUACAUAGGCUUUCUGGCAACAGUAGGUGAGCGUGUUGCUUGUCGUCUGCGGGAUAUACUCUUUGAGCACGUACUAUAUCAAAAAGUGCGUUUUUUCGAUGAACGGACAUCUGGCUGGAUUAUUGAGAGAAUUACAGCCGAUGUACAAGACUUUAAGAGCUCUUUCAAAUUUUGCGUUUCUCAAGGCCUUCGUAGUGGAGCCCAGGCACGUUCACUUCCCCAUUUGGAUUUCUUGAUUGCUGGAACUUUGCAGAGUAACUGCUAUGACAUAAUUGGAUCGAGUAUUGCAAUGUAUAUGAUAUCACCAACACUAACCGCAGCUCUAAUGGGAUGUCUCCCACUCGUAUUCUUCGUUGGCGGCCUGCUUGGCAACCAACUGCGUCGCAUGAGUCAUGCUGCCCAUGAAAAGAGCAACGAAACCACAGAAAUUGCCACAGAGGCCUUUACUCACAUUCGGUCCGUUAAGUCAUUGGCGAUGGAGGAUCAAAUGAUAAAGCAAUAUCGUCAGGGAACAGAAGAAGCGCGUUGGUUGCACGAAAGCUUGGGAUACGGUAUUGGGUGCUUUCAAGGCUUAUCCAACUUUGCAGUAAAUGUAAUUCUUGUACUGCUUCUGGAUUUUCGCAAGAGAAUUCCUCCCUUAAGUCUAAUGUCUCUCUUGCCCCUCGAUGUAGGAUUGGUCCUUGGAGUGCUCUACUUGGGAGGCAACUUAAUAAAUCGAGGCGAUAUGGAUGCUGGUCAGUUGAUGGCUUUUCUAGUGGCCGCACAAGCUGUUCAUCGGUCACUUACUCAAAUAUCCCUCCUUUUCGGUCAGGUCAUCCGGGGCAGCUCGGCUGCUGCGCGCAUCUCUGAGCUCCUCUCCUAUCCCCUCCCCAGUGAGGCUCCUGCUUACAAAAGUGGUCUUAACAGACUUCCUUCAGUAGCGUCUGCGGUUUCUGCUCCUGUGAUCCGCUUUGAACAUGUCACCUUCAGUUACCCCAAUCGCCCCGGGGCUGUGGUGUUUAAAGACCUCAGCUUUGAAAUUCCUGCAGGCAAAGUGGUUGCACUUGUGGGUGAAUCUGGUGCAGGUAAAUCAACAGUAUUGGCUCUGCUGGAGCGCUUUUACGAGCCCCUUUCGGGCCGCAUCACACUCGAUGGAGUGGAUAUUCGUGGUUUUAGUCUGACAGAGCUGCGCGGUCGUCUGCUGGGCUACAUCAGUCAGGAACCUGAGAUCUUCCAUAACACGGUGGAGGAGAAUAUCCGUUACGCCCGUCCUACAGCCACGAAGGCGGAAAUUGUGGCUGCUGCAGUAGUUGCACAAGCGGAUGGUUUCGUGCGAGACCGUCUUCCUCAGGCUUACGACAGUAUAGUGGGUGGGGGCUCCAGUUCCAGCUCUGCUGGCCUUAGUGGGGGUCAGCGGCAGCGCCUGGUAAUCGCCCGCGCGCUUCUCAAAAAUGCCCCUAUUCUGCUGCUUGAUGAGGCCACUUCGGCAUUGGACGCGGAGUCAGAAUAUCAAGUUCAGUCGGCAUUGCAAAAUGCCAUGGAGGGGAGGACUGUUUUGAUAGUUGCGCAUCGACUGAGCACAAUUCGUUGCGCCGAUCUCAUCAUUGUCAUGCACAAGGGUCGUAUUGUCGAGCAAGGAACUCACGAAGAGUUAAUCAAGAGAAGGGGUCACUUCUACAAGCUUCUACAACGCCAAGGCAACAAUAAUGAAUCCGAUACCUUCUGA